AUGGCCCCCGUCCGGACCUGCGGAACCCCGGCCGCCGACGAUUCGUCCGUGGAGGACGAACCCUCUCGCCAUGUCGACUAUCUGUCUCAUGACUGGCGGGAGGAGGACAUCUGGGCCUCCUGGCGGUAUGUCGCUGCCCGCAGAAAUGACUACAGCAAUGGGCCUCGACUGGAGAACGCCUCGUGGAGAACCUGGGCGAAGGCGAAAAACAACCUGGGGACGAUCUCACCCGACACUUUGAAUUGGCUCAAGGACUGUGAUGUGACCUGGCUGUACGGGCCACUGAAGACAUCAAGUUCCAGCGACACUGUCGUAUCCGAUUCAUCCCCUCCUCCCAGCCGUCUGGAAACACCAACCCUUUAUCACGAUCGCAAGCCCAUUCUCAAAAAGAAGACCGCCUCUGAAACCAUCCUGCAACGGUCGUUGUCUCAACAUACACUACUUCAACAUGCCGGUGCCAUUCUCCAGGCACAAGAAGCCGAAAAUGGCUGGGCACGACCCCCACUCGAUCGAUCAAAUACAGACAUCGAUCGUCUUCACCAGCGCACGGGGAGCUCGACUCACUCCCUCGGAAACACUCUCACAACCACAUCCUCUUCUGGUCUAACCUCUCCAAGUGAGCGCCGUCAUAUUCAUUUCAAUGAUGAGGUCGAGCAAUGCAUUGCCGUGGAAUGCAAAGGCGAGGAGGACGAAUGGCCCUUCGCUGUCGAUGACGAGUCGUCAUCAGAUGAAGGCUUGUUCAUGAUGCGAGAGAUCUCCAAUAAAACCCCCAUCAGCAGCCGAAGCACCCCCCGAAACAGCUUCAGCAGCGAUAGCAAAACAAUUGCUCCAUUACCAUCUACUACCCUCAAAUACCGUGGAGAUACUCCUGAACCACACACCGGAUCAGUUCUUAAUCAGUGGGUUGGUUUCGCCCCAUCUCAGUCUUCUUCCCCUCUCUCCCCCUCCCCUUCCGUUGAGACUCUGCGGCCAGCCCCCGCCGCCAACUUCCUCCUGGACGAUGAUGAUGAGGAUCCAAGCCUGGACUUUACCGGGCAAUAUCGAAACCCAGACCGCACGUGGUUUGUGCCAGAGGGUGAGGACGCGCAAACAGAUCGUCCGCUACAGCUGACCGAUUCGGGAAUGUUCAUGCCCUACGGGGAAGGCGAGGGAGAGGCGUCUAGCCACACCAUUCUAGGCCGGGUGGUCGACACUGUAAAUACAGCCCGCGACAUUGCCCAUGUGAUAUGGAAUGUGGGCUGGCGACGAUGA